CUUAAAGCGGUGUUCAUUAAUUUUAAUUUCAAUUUCAUUGCUCACUUUCUUUUUCGGUGCUCUCACAGUUUUCAAGAUCAAGUUGCAGAAAAUCUCAAUUCUCUGGUUUUGAAAAUCGAAAAUCGAAAAUGCCUGCUGAAAAUUGGGACGGUGAAGUAGAAGCAUUUGUAGAAAUCGAUCCAACAGGUAGAUUCGGUCGUUACAAUGAUUUACUCGGUUAUGGAGCUGUGAAAAAAGUUUACAGAGGUUUUGAUCAAGAAGAAGGAAUUGAAGUUGCAUGGAAUCAAGUUAAACUUAGGAAUUUCAGUAACGAUCCUGUUCUUAUUAAUCGUCUUCAUUCCGAAGUUGAAUUGUUAAGAAAUCUCAGUAAUAAGUAUAUCAUUGUUUGUUAUAGUGUUUGGAAAGAUGAUGAACAUGGUAAUAUCAAUUUUAUUACUGAGGUUUGUACUUCUGGAAAUCUUAGGGAUUAUAGGAAGAAACAUCGUCAUGUUUCGAUUAAGGCGUUUAAGAAAUGGUCGAAACAAGUUCUUGAAGGAUUGGAGUAUCUUCAUACACAUGAUCCUUGCAUUAUUCAUAGAGAUCUUAAUUGCAGUAAUAUCUUUGUUAAUGGGAACAUUGGACAGGUGAAAAUUGGUGAUCUGGGAUUGGCUGCAAUAGUGGGAAGGAGCCAUGCUGCACAUUCAAUUUUAGGGACUCCUGAGUAUAUGGCACCUGAGCUGUAUGAGGAAGAUUACACUGAGAUGGUGGACAUUUACUCUUUUGGAAUGUGUUUGCUUGAAAUGGUUACAAUGGAGAUACCAUACAGUGAAUGUGACAAUGUAGCAAAGAUAUACAAAAAAGUCACAAUGGGAAUUAAGCCUCAAGCCUUAAGCAAUGUCAGAGAUCCAGAAGUGAAAGCAUUCAUUGAAAAAUGCAUUGCACAGCCAAGAGCAAGGCCUUCAGCUACUGAUCUUCUUAAGGAUCCUUUCUUUUCUGAACUCAACAAUGAUGAAGAAUCAACAUCUAUCAGUACUUGAUUUCCUUCAUUCACACGUAUCCAAAAUUACUUUUUACUUCCAACUCUAUAUAAUUUUUACUUCCAACUAUAUCUGUAUCGAAAAUUGAUUUGUUAGUAUACCUCAGUUUCACUAUAUCAGUGAUGUAAACUUCAGCAAUGGACUGAACUAUAGAUUACACCAGUUUCACUAUAUCAGUGAUGUAAACUUCAGCAAUGGACUGAACUAUAGACUACUCCAGUUUCCUUAUAUCAGUAAUGUACAGAAAUGGAAUGAACUAUAGAUUACACCAGUUUCACUAUAUCAAUAAUGUACAUAACUUCAUCAUGGUAGUGUUAAAACCUGCUUAAUCA